AUGGAUCCGGAUUGCCCUAGAGAGUGCUGCCUUGCUGCUGACCCCAGCUCUGCCAGGAGGCAGAGUGAAGAGGAGAGCUCUGCCCCUCAGGAUCCAGUCGUGGAGAGACGCAUCGUCCCUGGUACCAGUGUUUCCAGGGGACAGUAUGAAGAUGGAUUGGCGGCGGGAUCCGAAGAUCUGCCUCAAGGGACGGUUCGUCUGGAGUCAGGAAUCGCGGCUGAUGGGGACACAGCACCCAGGCAGCCAGUGGGAUCGUUUUCGUCAGUUGGCUCCGGACGCGGAAGCUACGGGCCUACCUUGUCCGGCUUGCCUGUGGGAUCUGCUGGAGGAACCGUGAAUGGGCUCAUUCAAGCGUCGUUGGCGCCCGGUACGUGGGCUAUGUAUGUCAGAGCUUGGGAUCAUUGGGAGGCUUGGUGUGUGGAUCUGGGGGCUAUGAUGGAGGAUUUGGAGGUAGCGUUGUUGAUGUUUUUGGGCCAUUGUAAGGAAGAGGGAUGGUCAGUUAGUAAAAUUAAUGGUUGUAUGGCUGGGCUGGCUUUCGGUUUUAAAAUGAGACGGAUGUUUGAUUUUACUAAGUCGUUUCUGGUGGUGCAGGCGUUAAAAGGAUGGCGUAGGCUGCGAUCAGGGGUGGACACCAGGAGGCCGGUGCAGCACCCGCCCUGGUGUGGAUUUUGGGACACUCCUAUGUUUUCUGGGGGGCCGUUCGGGCAGCAGUUCGGCCGGACGGUCAGCAACUAG